AUGUUAGAAGAGACUAGAAUCGACAAUGUUGAUAAUAAUAAAGAUGUCUGCUUUCCCGACUAUUCAGGCAGAUUGUGUAUGGCGUUUCCGUAUGGAAAAGAAAAAAUUCGAGGAGUUAAUUUGGGUGGUUGGUUGGUACUCGAACCAUGGAUAACGCCAAGCUUAUUCGACCAAUUCUUAACUUCCGCUCGACCGGCAGUUGACGAGUGGACCUUUACUCAAGUUCUUGGUCCAAUCGAAGCAAAAAGACAAUUAACACGACAUUGGGAAACAUGGGUCACCGAAUGCGAUAUCAAACGAUUAUCCGAAUACGGUAUCAAUCAUCUUCGUAUCCCAAUCGGAUACUGGGCAUUUGACGUGUUACCGUCUGAACCAUGGGUGAUGGGUGCUUUUGAUUAUCUAUUAAAAGCAAUUACUUGGGCACAGACUUAUAAGCUUAAAGUGGAAGUUGAUUUGCAUGGUGCACCCGGGUCUCAGAAUGGAUUCGACAAUAGUGGUAAACGAGGCAAAAUUAAUUGGCAAACUAACAAGCAAAAUAUCCCGCGCACGCUUAAAGUCCUGCAAAUUCUUUGCAUGAACACUGUUGCUUAUCAAAACUCCAUUACUGCUAUCAAUAUCCUAAAUGAACCAACUAGCUGGGGAGGAAACAACAUCAGUAUCACCCAAGAAUUUUACAAAGAAGCCUACGAAAUCGUACGACGUUACCAUCCCAAUGCACUCGUUGUAAUGCAUGAUUCCUUCCUCCCGCUAUCUUUUUGGAAAGGAUUCAUGCAAGAACCACCAUACAAAGGAGUCGUAUUAGACACGCACGUCUAUUUGGUAUUCAAUAGAACGAUAUUAGCACUGAGUGAGCAAGAUAAAUUGAACUACGUACGCAAUAUGAAAGCCGAGAUUGCUGCUUUUAAUUCGUGGAUUAUGGUUGGAGAGUGGUCUCUCGCUACAACCGAUUGCGCAAAAUGGUUAAAUGGGUUUAAAAUAGGUGCUCGCUGGGACGGAACAUUCGAUAAUAAUCCGCCCAUUUUUCCAAAUUCCACGUGUAAAAAUGAUUCGGAUUAUUUAUCGUGGCCUCCUGAAUACAAGAAAUUCCUUUUAGAGUAUGCUAAAACACAAAUGGAUGCGUAUGAAACUGGAAUCGGAUGGUUCUUUUGGAAUUUCAAGACGGAAAUUGCACCGCAAUGGAAUUAUUUGUUAGGAGUUGAGCAAG